GGUGCCUCUGCUGAGAUGCACGCCAGGUUUGCAAGGAGUUUGCAAGCUGCAUCCGGUAUUUGCUGCCAGUUACCUGUUUCCAUUGUGAAAGUGAGUAGCGGUUGCUGCUGCUGUUGCAUCCCAUCGUGGAGGGAAAAGACACCGAAACAGAUACUCAAGUGCUGCAAGAGAAUGUGAAAAAGAGCAGAGAAAUGAAACUCCCUUACCUAAGGAAAAGUGAGGAUUUGCUGAAAAAGACGGAAUCGGAGCGGGAGACUAUUGUCUGGGAAUGGAAAGAGCUGCAAAGAUUUCUCCGAGAUCAAGAAGAGCUCUUGUUAAGGCAGUUGGAAGAGCUGGAGAAGGACAUCAUCGCGAGGAGAGAUGAGUACCUUUCAAGAAAUGGCCAUGACGGAGCCGCCUGGGAGAAAGGAGAAAAGGAGCCUCUGUCAAAGAGCCUCAGAAAACCAACCAAGGGCAGGAAGAAUGGAACGCUUUCUAAAUGUGAGAGAGAUUUCGAAGAGAUGGAGUACAGGUUCUACCGUUUUUCGAGAAAGAGGAUUGAACUGAAAGAAGUUUUAUGCACAUUUAAAGAAUUGCUGAAGCUGGAAUUGGAGGAAGAGGCAGAUGAAUAUGUUUUACCAGGAGCCCAAGAAAAAUCCACAGGGUACUUUCGCUUUCUCCAAUCCUGCAGAAGGACUGGAGGGGGGCUGGCUUUGACCCAGCAGACUCAGCCCGUUUCCUUCGAGGAGGUCUCUGUCUGCUUCUCCAAGGGGGAAUGGUCUCUCUUGGGCCCCAGUCAGAGAGUCUUGUACAAGGAAGUGAUGCAGGAGAAUUAUGAAAAUGUGACUUCUCUCGUUCUCUCGCUCACCGGUUUGGGACCAAACUCCUGGAUGGAGGAAGAAGAUGAGGCCGUUUUGGGUCUACGCUCUCAACUUUCUGAGAAAGGGGGCAAUCAAGAUGUCAGCAUUACAGCAUCCCAGCAGCAAGAGAAGAGCAAGGAGAAGGGGAAGAUGGAGAAGGAGAAGGAGAAGACAGAGAAAGAGAAGGAGGAGAAAGAGAAAGAGAAGGAGAAAGAGAAAGAGAAGAAGUCAGAGGAGGAGAUGUCAGAGAAAGAGAAGGAGAUGGAGAAGGAAAAGUCAGAAAAAGAGAAAGAGGAGAUGGAGAAGAAGUCAGAGAAGGAGAAAGAGAUGGAGAAGGAGAAGAGGCAGACAGAGAAGGAGAAAGAGAAGGAGAAAGAGAAGGAAAACAUUCCCCAUUCAGCAAAUGUUAAGGAAAUUGUAGCUCAAGGUGCCUUGAGAAAAGACGUGGGGCUUCGGCCAGAGGAGCCCACAACAAAUCCUCAACGCAAAUCUGAAAGACAGAGGGAAGCUGGACAAAAGACCAGAGAAGAGAAAUCCAUUCUUUCUCCCGCUGACCAUCAAAAUACCAGCAAAGUCGUCCUUCAGCCAGGAACCGGCAAAGGAAGGAAACCAAAACCAUGUCCCAAAUGCGGGAAGGAAUUUAAUCAGAGUCUCCUCCUCCUGAAACAUAAGCAGAUGCACCAAAGGACCACGCCCUACCAAUGCUCGGACUGCGGGAAGGUCUUCAGCCAGCGCGCCCAUCUUACCAAACACAAGAAAGCCCACAAAAAGGUGAAACUGUUCAGCUGCUCCGACUGCGGGAAAACUUUCCAUCGGAGCUCCCAUUUCUAUUCCCACCAACGGACCCACAGAGGGAUCAAACCUUUCAAGUGCUCGACUUGCGGGAAAAGUUACACCCGGAUGCCCGACCUUCGGAGGCACCAGAAAUCCCACACAGGAGAGAAAUCGCACAAAUGUUUCGACUGCGGCAAGAGCUUUGGUUUGUACUCGUCCCUCGUCAAGCACGAAAGAACCCACACGGGGGACAAGCCGUACAAGUGCUCCCACUGCCCGAAGAGUUUCUGCCAGAGGACCCACCUCAUUGUGCACAAGAGAACCCACACGAAGGACAGGCCCUUCAAAUGCUCGCGUUGCAAAGCUGGCUUCGUUCAAAAGGCCCACCUGAUCUCGCACCAGAGGUCCCACACGGGAGAGAAACCCUUCUGUUGCCACAGCUGCGGCAAAAGCUUCAAACGCAACUCCACCCGCGUGAAACACGAGAAAAGACACGAGAAGGAAAGUGUGGAGUCUUCACUUCCUCUCGAGGCUUCCCCGUCAACACUUCCUCUCAACGCUUCGCCUUCUCUCGACGCUUCGCCUCCUCACAACGCUUCGCCUCCUCUCAACGCUUCGCCUCCUCUCAACGCUUCGCCCUCUCAAAGACCAAGCUGGAGGUCCAGAUUGAGAACUGUGGGAAGACUUGGGAAAGCGGCUGCUUAACCUCUUCUGGGAAAAAAUAAGGAGGAAAGAAGAACAUCAGGUCUGACCUGGGAAUAUCUUGGACAGGAUUUCCCCGUUAAUUUUGGGAAACUUGAGAGGAACGGUGGAGAGACUUCAAGUAACAUCUGGAAAACCCACGGUAGAGGAAGGGAAGAGUUAACCUUUCUUCUCUCCUGGGUCAUUUCCUGGAUCAAAAAUGGUGCUUCUUCCCUGCCACAGAGAUGCAUGCUGGAAAAAGUCCAGGAACAGGUGUCCUCCUGCCAUUUUUUCCCCCCACUGCGAAUCUCCUACCAGCUUUGUAGGAUUUAAAUCGUGGACAUGAGUUUGCGGGGGAUAGGUUAGAUGUCUCUGUUCCAAUCUGUUUGGAAGGAUCUUGGGUUGAUUUUUACACACAAAUUAUCUCCCAAACAUUGAGCCAUUGGGUGAUCGACUAGGAUCAGGAUGGGAGGGAGGGAAAGGAAGGAAGGAAGGAAGGAAGGAAGGAAGGAAGGAAGGAAGGAAGGAAGGAAGGUCAGUGAGUGUGAAGUUUCGGAUCCAUAAGAGGGCAACCAAGUAUCCUCUGGAUGUUUUUAGUUUUAUUCCCCAUACAUUUUUGCCACUGGCCAGGGAUAUGUUGAGGUAAUAGCAGGUGGGGAGGGUUUCCCCAAACAUUUGGGAAGCCUCAGGUUGCCUGUCCUGUGCCCGAAGUCACAUCGGCACAAAGUACAUUUCCAAAUUUCCUGCAGCUCUGGCUACUGAAGGUGCUCAGUCCUCAGGGUUAGGGUUAGAGUUAGGGCCUAAUUUCCAUGGUGAAUUUUGUUUACACUUUUUUUCCUGUGAUCAUUUGAGCAUUUUUUUCCUUUUUCUCAGUGUGCGGGUUCUGUUCUCGCCAGCUGAAACUAUAAUGAACAAAUGAAUUCCUGGCAGAGUUAUGAUCGGGGUUAAGUUGAGGCCUACCUAUAAUGCAGGUUGCUGUCAAUUAUAUACAAUAGGACAGUGAUGGCUAGCCUUUUUGCCAUCGCGUGCCAAAAGUGGAGGGAGUUGGGGGGGGGUCGUGCACGUGCGUGCCCACACCCACCCCGCGCAUGCGCUCACGACCCUCCCCCCACGCUUUUGGUACAUGAUGACACAGUGAGUCCGGUAGACCUGUUUUUUGCCCUCCCCAGGCUCCAGAGACUUCUAGGAGCAUGGGGAGGGCAAAAACGGCCUCCCAAGACCUGGAGGCCAGAAACAGCCCGUUUGCCGACUUCCGGUGGGACCAGAAGGCCCGAAAAUCAGCUGGCCAGUGUGCGCAUGUGCGCUGGAGCUGAGCUUGCGUGCUCACCAAUAUGGCUCUGUGUGCCACAGGUUUGCCAUCACGGCAAUAGGAUAUAUCCGCACUGGGCACCCUGCAAUCCUGAGGGGAGGUGGGAGCAGAGGUUUCUGUAAAACGGUGGGGUCCCCAGUCCCCAAGCUGCAGAGUGGCACCAGUCUGCAGCCCACCAGAAACCGGGCCGCACAAGCAAGUUAAACCUCAUCCGCACAAAUGUGGGAUCCAGGCAGCACACACAACUGCACACACACACACACACACACACACACACACACACACACACACACACUGGUCUACAGGAAAACCACCCUCCAUUGAACCAGUCCCUGGUGCCCAAAAGAUUGGGGGGCACAGCUACAGGAGGGUUGGGAAGGCGGGCUGACAAUGAAAACGGCAUCACAUUGACACAACACAAGUUGUACCGCUUUUGUAACAUACGUUGUGACAUCGCAAGCAUGUAUGAAAGCUUCUGUUGCACUUCUAAUGCAAUGCUGCUUUCAACAUUUGGGCCCUGCAUGGACCUCUGGAGUGUCAGGUUUCGAGGUCAUCUCAAAUAAAUUGCAUUUCAAACAAGGUCUUUGAUGAAAAACUCCCAUUUAUUAAGCACGACAUUCUAACUCCGACUCCAUCGUAGCCAACACUGACUUCCUGACCCAAACCCCUCCCUUUCCUUUCCCCACUCCUCUGCACUCAUUGGCCAUCUUCCAAAUCACUCUACCCCUAAUCUACUCCAGCUCAAAGGAAUUCCCCCCUCCCAUCUCAUCUCCUAGGGGAUAUUAUCUCCAGGGAAAAUAAGUAGGUGAAAAGUCAAACGUCCCUUUCCAGACGCCUCCACUUCUCCUUCUUAUGUCAGUACUAGAGUAAAUGCAGCUUGAAGUGCUGACAAGGAGUCUCUUGUGACGUUUGGCGUUUCGUUACCCUACACUGAGCCAUAAUUGGCUUUGAUUCAACUUUGAAGUUAUUUCCUUGGGAACCCAGGCACUUAGAUCUCAUUUCCUGUGUUGGGUGAAUCCCAUGAAUUGUGACUUGUUCAUCAUACCAUGGUUCAACCAUGGAGUAUGUCUGUGGAGAUUCUCAGUCAUCCAGGUGACGGUGGUCCCAAAGGUACUUUUUCAAGCGGCAACUGGACUUCCUUGUUUUUUAUUUGAAGAUGUUUCACUUCUCAUCCAAGAAGUUUCUUAGAUGAGAAACCAGGGUGGAUUUGAUUUAAAUCGAGUUGAUUUAAAUCACAAUUUAAAUCAUGAUUUAAAUCAAGCCUUUUUACUAGUGAUUUAAAUCAACUCGAUUUAAAUCAUAAUUUUUAAAGAGCAACUGUCAUCUCUGCUACUCCUUUGACCCACUGCUGACUCACCGAUAGUCCCAGUGUUGCAGAAUAUACAGCCUCCUGCUACAUAACUAAGUUCCAUUUCAUGCUGAAUAAACUAAAUUAUUUAUGUAUCUUAAAUAGAAAACCAUCUUACGAUAGAUUUUUACCCCAAAAGUUUUUUAUUAAAAUAAAUUCAAUAAAAAUCAAAAAAAUCCGAUUUAAAUAAAAAAAAAUCUGAUUUUUUUAAAAAAUAUCAUUGAUUUUUAUCCACCCUGUGAGAAAUAAAACGUCUUCAAAGGAAAAUACUCCAGUUGCCUCUUGAAAAAGCAUCUUCGGGACAACCAUGGAGAAGCACAAUAUGUGAAUGUAUCAUAUUGAGCCACGGUGGCGCAGUGGUUAGAGUGCAGUACUGCAGGCUACUUCUGCUGACUGCCGGCUGACUGCAAUUUGGCAGUUCAAAUCUCAGCAGGCUCAAGGUUGACUCAGCCUUCCAUCCUUCCGAGGUGGGUAAAAUGAGGACCCAAAUUGUUGGGGGCAAUACGCUGACUCUGUAAACUGCUUAGAGAGGGCGUAAAGCACUGUAAAGCGGUAUGUGCUAUUGCUAUUAAUCUCAAUCCAAACCUUAAAUUUACUGCAAUAGAGAGCAAUUCUCCAGUCUGGCCCUGAGCGGAUAGAAAUCUCUCUUCCGCUCAGGUUUGAAGGAGACUAACAAACUUUACAGCUUUAUAGCUGUAUCUUUUCUGAAAAUAAUAAUACUGUCCAUGUACUCUGUUGCUAGAUUUUUCAAGCAGACUGGUUUUAUAGAAGAAGGAACGUUUAGACCGUCAGAAAUUGCAAUAACUUAAGAAAUAAUUCUAGUGGCCUUUUUUUUUGUAUGAAUUGUAAUAGAGAAGACAUUAGAAAAGUUAAGAUUAAGCAGCUAAUUCUAAAUGACACCAGGGUGGAAACUAAUCAAGGAGAGAAGCAACUUAGAAGGAAGGAGAAAUUUCCUGACAGAACAAUUAACCAGUGGAACAGCUUGCCACCAGAAGUUGUGAAUGCUCCAACACUGGAAGUUCUUAAGAAGAGAUUGGAUAACCAUUUGUCUGAAGUGGUGUAGGGUUUCUUUCCUAAGCAGGGGGUUGGACUAGAAGACCUCCAAGGUCCUUUCCAACUCUGUUAUCCUAUUCUACUGCUUGGAUUCAAGCUUUUUUCAAUUUAAUAUUCGAGAGCCUGCGAAUUCGAUCUGAAGUUGCCUGGCAUGAAGCAAAUCUAAUGGAUUUACCGCUCAGGGUUGGCGAUUUAUUAAAAUGUCAUUUUUAAAUCUAGCUUUCAAUGGGACAGCUGCUCUUGGAUGCGGCUAUUCCCUGUGGCGAAUCGGAAUAUACUGUAGCUUGAAUUAAUUAUAGUACCUUAUACUUAUUUUGUUAAUAACUGUUGUGUAAAUUGUACUGUAUUUCUCUAGUAGCAAGAUGGGAUCCUCGUUAUGUUAUUGGUGGCUGGUUGGUAAUUAAAUGAAUUUAUACCUUGACCCAUCCGAGGCAGUAGAUUCAAGGGUGUGUUCAGGUAUUCCUCGACUUACAACCAUUCAUUUAGUGACUGUUCAAAGUUACAACAACACUGGGAAAAAAGAGACUUAUGACCAUUUUUCACACUUAUGACCAUUUUUCACACUUAUGACCAUUGCAGCAUCCUUGUGGUCACAUGAUUUACAUUUGGACGCUUGGCAACUGACUCAUGUUUUCUGUCCCAGGGUCAUGUGAUCCUCGUUUGCAACCUUCUGACAAGAAAAGUCAACAGGGAAGCCAGAUUCACUUAACAACCGUGCUGCGAACUUAACAGCUGUAAUUAUUCACUUAACAGCCGUGGCAAGAAAGGUAGUAAAACAGGGCAAAAGUCACUUAAUAACUGUCUCACUUAGCAACAGAAAUGUUGAGCUCAGCUGCAGUCGUACGUCAAGGCCUUACCUGUAUGCUGUAGCUUGAAUUAAUCAUAGUAGCCAUUUUGUUACAGGUGUCGCGUUCACUACGAUUUUUUUAAUUGUACUGUAUUUCUGUAGUAGCAUCUUGUAAGUACGGGGGGGGUCCUUGUUAUGAGGCCAGUUAGUUGUUUGUUGGUAAAUAAAUGAGUUUAUGCCUUGAUCCGAGGCAGUUGAUUCAA